AUGGCGUCACAUGGCCCAUUCAUCAACGGUUCUUCAUCCACCCAGUCCCUUGGUUUGGACGCUCACAGAUUCUUCAACGAGAUGACGUUUGGAUUAGUGGGGAUCUUUAUCCUCAUUAUUGGUGCUGGUGUAUUGUUACCGAAAAGUGUGCGGCUCCCAGACGUGGAAUUUCUUCGCAUCAGCAAUAAACCAGGGGGUAAAGCCGGUGAUGCCGAUGAUAUACAAGCAUUCUUGAGUGAUAGUUUGAGUGCAAUAAUGAAAGGCUAUAACGAGUAUUCAAAGAAGGGCAAACACUUCCUGCUGAGGACACCCAAGCAGGUAUACCUGAUCGCAGCGACCAAUUUCCUCGACGAGAUCCGCAAGGCUCCCGAAACACACCUUAGCCAACCAGCCGCAGCAGAGAUCAUAUUCCAGACAAGGCACACAUUCCAUCCUACCCUAGUACAUGACACGUACCACUUCAAUGUGGUCAAGACAAAAGUCACCUCGGCGCUAGCGUACAAUAUUCCCGAUCUAGUACAUGAAAGUCGAUAUGCCUUCAGCGUCGAGUUGGGUGGCAAGUCACACGACUGGAAGGCAUUACGAAUGUAUCCUCUGGCAACCAAGAUCAUCACGCGUAUAUCCAACAGGAUGCUUGUCGGGCCGCAGCUCUGCAGGAAUGAUGAAUUUCUACACUACUCUGGAGACUACACGCGAACCACUUUCAACACGGCAACUGUCCUUCGAAAUUAUCCCGAGUUCGUGAAAAGCAGUCUCAUGUAUUUUAUGUCGGAUUGCAACAAGCAGCAACAGACGGCACGCAAAUUUCUUGUACCGAUGAUCAAGGAGCGGCUGGAGAUUAUGGCGAAAAGUAAAAAUUCCAAAGAUACUUGCGAGAAACCAGAAGAUGCGUUACAAUGGCUCCUGGAUAUCACACCCGAGGAAAAGCGAGAUCCUGAAAUCCUAACUCAGCGCAUGAUUCAAAUCAAUGUCACGGCUAUCCAUGCUCCGGCAGUCACGCUUGUAGAGUGCGUAUUCGACUUGUCUCGGCAUCCAGAAAUCCAAGAGGAGCUUCGUGCAGAGAUGGCCGCAGUGCUCGGAGAUAAACCGGUUGGCACCCAAGUUUGGAAGAAGGCAAGCAUUGAUAACCUGGUCAAAUUGGACAGUUUCAUUCGUGAGUCUGCGCGUCUGACGCCUAUGAGCGCUGUCAAGCUAGAACGUCUUGCAGUCAAGGAUUACCAGCUGAGUGACGGUACUCUUAUUCCCCGAGGAACCUCGGUCGGAGUCAUUGCCCAUGGGCGGCACAUUGAUGAGGAUUUUCUUGAGAAUGCCACUCAAUUCGAUGCCUUUCGGUAUGCCCGUAUGCGCAGUUCACCCGAAACGGCCAUGCAGUACACCUUUUCCCAGACCAGCCCGGAUAAUCUCCUGUUUGGUUUCGGCCGGCAUGCCUGCCCAGGUCGCCAUUUUGCGUCCGCCUUGAUCAAAAUUUGUCUCGUCCAGAUUCUGGUCCAACACGAUAUCAGAUUCGUCGACGGCAAGCCUGACCCAUGUGGUCAGUGGACACAAAAGUUUCGCAAUCCAGAUGUUGAAGCAUCCGUCUGUUUUAAACUCCGAGAAACUGAGUCACGUUUUAGAAGCAUGUUUGACUAA